CUUUAAUGAUGCACUGCCAGAAUACAAAAGAAAUGCACGUGGGAUCGAGUGGUAAGCAGGGACAAGCAGCAUUCUCAAUGAAGUUCUUGACAUCAUUCAAAGGGUUGCUCUUUACCAGUUUUCUGGGGGACAUUGCUGAGGAAGCAGCACAUUUAAGAAAGGUUUUUCAAGCAGAAUUUCUCACAGUCACAACUGCAACGGCAGCAGUUCGAAAAUUUGAGUUCCAGUGCCUAAAUAUGAAGAAAUCAAAUGGUCCAAGAGUUCAAGCGUUUUUGAAAGAAACUGAGGAAGGGAAUGUGUUCAAAGAAAUUGAGAUUACAAGGGAUGCAAAUGAUGUAGCUCAGUAUGAGAAAAUUAAGAAGUCUAGGUUAGAUGAGAUUGGACAGAGCAUGACAGAAAGAUUCCAUUAUCUCUUUAAUGAUCCUUUAGUAAAAGCUUCGUCAGUUUUAAACCCAGACACCUGGCCUAGAGAUCCUGAACAGUUAGCAUCUUUUGGAUAUGAUCAGCUUCAGAUAAUUUCAAGUUGGUAUCAAGGGCUGUUGGAAAAAGCUGGAUUUAGGGCUGAGUGUGUUGGCAGUGAAUGGCAGGGAGUUAAGAGCCUUGUGAGUCUCAUCAAGCACAAGAUAACACCUGGCAUUUACUCUGUUCUCUUUUCUAAACAGAAAGAAAAGUUUCCUAACGUCCUUCUGAUGGCAGAAAUUGUGUUGACGUAGCCUUUGUCCACUGCAGCUUGCGAGUGAGGUUUCGGUGCCAUGAACCGCACUAAAACAAUUCAGCGUUCAAGCUUGACACCCAAGACACUGGACAACAACCUACGUAUUUCCAUAAAAUAUCAAAGCCUAAAGAAGUCUGAGAGAGUGCAGCCCUUUGUCCAAUCUGGUAACCUUGCAGAUGCAGUCAAGCAUUGGCGGGAAAAGAGUUUGAGAACAAGACGAGAGAACUGGGUUGAGAAACAUCCCGAGGCUAAAACCUGGAGUUCUUUUAAAGGGGGAAAAUCAAAACACUGAAACUUUAUAUAUUUUUUUUAUUUUAAACGACCAAUGACCCAAAAUCUUCUUUUGCGGGUUAAACUUUUAAUUUUCAUUUGAUGUUUUUCAUAACAUAAUCAGAAGCAAUGAAGGAAGACCUCUUAGCAGUUACAUAUAUUUCAUCCAGGCUAGCAGUGUUGUUCUGUUUUGUGUUCCUGCUCAUAUCUAGUAAAGGCAUAGAGAUUACUGUGAUGUCAGUACAUUUCUUGAAGCUUAGUCAAGCCAUGAACUAAACCAAAUGUGAAACUGUUAUUAGUCAAUGAAUUCGGAAUUAAAAUUAGCUCCCAUUUUUUUAAUAAUGUUCAAUUUUAAUGUAAGUUUACGUUAAGCCCUGUUAAAGAUUCAUGGCUGCGCUACUCACAGGUGCAUGACAAAAAAGGAAAUUCAUAUCGUGACAAGGGCUGUGACAGUAAUCAACAACCAAACAGAUUAAUAUAACUAAGCUUGAGCGACAAGUUGAUCACGUGAACAUAGAAUACAUUUACAAUAAGGAAUGAUCUGUAAUUCAGAGCAGAAAACCAACGUGUUCGGUGACGGUUUAGAUUUUUGGUGAGCUUUGUGACGAAUAAAAGA